AGGUCUUUCUGGUUGGUGCGUCAGUCAGUCGGCAGCAAAACAGUGCUGUGCUGUGCUGUGCUGUGCUGUAUUUCUGGUCUAUCCUCCUUUGUGAUGUGCAUCUCUGACGUCACUCUUCGUUUUACUUUCCAUCGCUUUACGUUAAGUAGUUGAUUCAUUGGUGCGUUAAGAAGUUUUCAUGGAUUCUCUCAAGUGCCGACCGACCUUUACAUCAUCUCUCUUGCAGCUUUUUCUACGUUCUCUAAUACAAUAAUAAUUUUUACAUAAAUCUCUCACCCUUCACUCUCCUUGAGAAAAAGAGAGAGAGAGAACCCAAACAAAACCCGUCGCACCAACUAAGCUUAUGUUUAUCUGCCCAUUCCGUCAGAACCCAGAAGAUUAAAAAAAUAAGAAAAAUCUGUCUGUGUUCUCUGUUCCAUCGAGAAAGAGUUAGAGAGAGAGAGAGAGUUAUUUAUUGUACGAGAAAAAGAAAGGAGAAGAUUGGAAUACCCUUUUUGUGUAAUUAGAGAUUUGAGACGGGACAGAGGAGAAUGGUGGGUGUCUUCUCACGAUUCUCUGGGAGAACUGGGCAUAGACGGGCUCAAAGUGCACUUGAUGAGAGGCAAGUGUUGCCACCGAAUUCUGAGGGCAAUCGUCCUAGUACUACUGCUGCUGCAGCUGCUGCCUCCCAUGGGAUUGAAGUGGCAGUACAGUUUAAGCCAGUUGAACACCCAAUUGAGCCUCUGGACAAUGAUCGGCCUGUAAAAUGUCCCUUACCAGAGCCUUCCAUUCUGAAUGAUGCAAGGAUAUGGAAGGAACGGAUGUCGGCAAAUGCACGAAGGAGGGCUGAUUUGCCAGUUAUGAAGGAAGGGGCCAACCUUGAAUCUGAAUCUGAAGCUGGAGGAACUAAACAAUGUCCAGCACCAUCCAAUCGCAUGAUGUUACCUUCCCUUAGUGCGCCAGAGCACAAUAUCAUCAAUCUAUUGGAAGAAUAUAAUGCAUCUAGCAUCUAAAAUGACUCACUGGCUGAUCAUCCUUGAGAAAUGUUUUCACAGUCAUCUUAUUAUUAAGUGCUUCAGUGUCUCUACCAAAAAUAAAAUGUGCUUCCAUGUAUUAUCUUUUCUCCUCCUUUUUUCCCUUUUCUUUUUGUUUCAUAUUCUUGUUUAGUAUUAGUUGACUUGUAUAUUUUUAUUGAAAGAGAAAGAAGGUCGAUUACUUGUAAUCAUGUAAUCAAAUCAUUGGGAAGUCACAUGUUAUGUGUUUGUAUUUAAAAUCUCAUCAAAGGAAGUACAGCUUCAUGUCUCA